AUGUCAACUGGCCUACAAGGACCUUCAUCAUUGAACGCGGGGAUAUUUCAGACCAAGACCCAUCGCUCUAGUGGAUUACAGGGUGGCUACGGUCUGAACAGCAAUAAUAAGCCUAGAAGAAAGAGAAGUUCUAGAGGUAUCUAUACAUAGACUCAUCAUGACAAUACCAUAACAAAAAUCUUAAAAAUCUUUGCCUCACUCUCGAAGGAAAAUAACCAACAACACAGCAAUUGUAAAAGAAGGAAGAGGCUCUUGAAAAUAUUAACUGAAAGAAGUAGACAUCUUCAACUCACAACUUGUAGACUCUAAUAGAAAAAGGUCUAAUCACUACACAUCUUCAAGUGAGUCUAUCAUUGAAAAGAAUCAUAAAAAUGGUACUAAAUAAUACUCGGAUCCGCUUUGUUGUUCCUUCUUGGACAACAAGAUGACUGCGGACCCGCUUUUGCGUCGGCAGCUGGGGAUUCCUCUAAGUGGUCUAUUGGGCUCCACGGUCCUCCAAACAGUGAGGCUUCGUCUUCAGAUUCAGAACCGUCGUCUCCGACUGCGGGACCACAGCGUGUCGUGGGGUCCAACCGUGCUCCCCCACGCGCCUUGCCACCACACCAGAAAUUUUUUCCAGACGAUCCUCCUACUUUGCUUCGGGACGUUCGGCGCCACGUGCCUGAUGCUCCUGCACCCUCACGCGCCCCUGCUGAGGCUCCACUCGCUGUUCCACUCCCAUCGCAAGGAUUCUUGCACCCUAGACUUUCACAUCGUGAUGUCGAACGACCUGUGGAGAGUGUGCCUGAAAAUUCUAGAAGUGCAGUUCAUAUCACUCAACAAAAAGCAGCACCGCGUCAAAGUCAACAUGCUAUAACUUCUCCGCAAGCUUUGCGUCAGGAAGCGCUUCAACUUCCCGGUACUUCUAAUCAAAAACCGUCCGAUGCAGGACCGAAGAACCGUCUUGCAAUUCGAGUGUCCGUUGCGUCGGCAGCUCGGAAUUCCUCUAACGAGUUUGAUUCUCUUGGCGCUGAUCAUGUGCCUGCAGGGUGUUCGGCUCCUGCCCACACUCCUCGUCCUGCGUAUUCUCACCUUAGAGUUACAUACGAACCACCGAGUAGAGAUGCUGUCGUACGAAACUUGAAAAUGCAAGGGUACUCUUCGUCGUCUAAAAAAACGUCGACCAGAACAGGGAAACGCUCUUCUCAGAAAUGCGAUGUGAGAGGUCAGGAGUACCACGCUGAUCCAUCACGAAGACACCAAAUUCCUGUAAUACCUCGAUUGGAGCGGGAGAUCGAGCUGAGGCUCAACAAGGGUUCGUGGAACGCAUGCCUUCCUUAGCUCUCGAGCGUCAGCCUUUGGAUCACCAUGCGGACAAAAAAGAGGAUAAGCGUGGGACUGCAUCGGAGCCCGCACCUCUACAACAUGAAGGCUCUUCUCAGGAACAUGUACAUGAUGAAACAAAACUAGGUGAAGGUCCUUUUCAGAUUCUGGCAGAAGGUCCUUCACCUCUACAACCUGAUGAAGAAGAAACGCUAGGAGGUUUUAUUUUUGCAGAAGAUGAUUGAACCUUGAACCUUCAUCUCAGGUCAAAGAGACGUGGUCAUCUUUCCAAGGAGCUUCAGCUAGUUCUAGUCUGAAAGCCAAUGCGUACUCUUCACCUGUCGAAGAACAAGAGGAAUACCACCACGCUGAGCUGCUCAACAGCAGCAAUUUCGGCUCUCAGCAGGCGAAAAAAAUGCUAAAAGAUCAAUUGUCGGCAGAUGAGUGGGAACUCGUCGAGAUGAGUGGGACGUGUGAAGAUUCUUCCACUGGAGGUUCUUUUCGUGACGAAACGCCGACUACAGGAGAAGCCUCUUCUAGCGCAGAAGUAAUUACAUCGGAAAGCGGUAAUUCGAACUCCUCUCUUGGACGUGCGGUCGCGGGAGGUGAAGAUAAUAGAAGAAGGCCAGUCGUUAUAGUAGGCGGAAAUAGGUGUUAGAUAAACUUAAACGAUACAACUAAGAGUAUUGGUACAGCUGCAUCCUUAUGCGCUGUUGAGGGACGCGAGCGCGGUUGCGGUUCUAAUGAGUUGCAAACAAGCAGAAGGUACGCGUAUGAGUAGCGACGAGGACGUACAUGUAAUCCGAUGAAGAGAGAUUGCCUAUCGCAUCGACCCUUUAGUCGAGCAAUCAUUGUUCUUCUUUCUUUCUCUUUGACUACCAGCACGAUUUUAUAUCCUUUUUAGUUGUGAUAAAGUUGUGCUAUAUUUUAGUUGUUAAAUAUCCUUUUUAGUUGUUAUAUCCUUUUUAGCUGUUAUAUCAAUCCUUUUUAGUUGUCAUAUUUUAUAGGUACUAGAAGACGGACGUAGUAGUGUAGUGGUCUUUUUACCCCUGGAGUGGCUACAUUCAUUCCUUCAGACUUGUAAAGCAACGUCGCAUGCAGAUUGAGACUACGGACGUGCUUGAUGUCAGCGAUGAGUUCUUUUACCAGCAUCGCCUAUAGGCUGUCAGAUCAUAAGUUUUUCCGCGUUGCCAUAUUUUGUUGUUCUUAAGUAAAAAGUACAAGAAGUAGUUUAUCAAGUCUUUAAUAGUACAGUGAUCUUUAUCGUAGCUGCAUGUCAAUUAUCAUGCAUAGUUUUUUUACUGAGUCACUUAUUUGCAAGUACUCACGAAAGUCCACUAAUAUAUGUGCCUUGGUUUUUUAUGAUUUCUUUUGCAUUUCUUUUGUUGCACCACCAAGUCUAUACUUGUGAAUAGUUUGUUUUUUUUUUAAUCUUUAGUCUGAUGUAGUUUGUUACCGUGUUGAUGGAUGACAGACAGGCAGCUCCUGAAAUUUAGGAAACAAGGAUAAAUGCGGGAUAGCAUGCGGUUAGAAGAACUAGCAUGGGUAUAGCAUUCUGGUUAUCGGAAUUUCGAUGUAUUUUUCCUAUCAAAGCAAGUGUUAAGGGUCUCGAACUCGAUGAAAAUGUCGUUUCCCGCAGACGAGAAGGCAAGUGGACGCAACACACCUACAGGCUACGCUGUCAAGUACUACUUACAUGAGCCUUGAGUCUCUUUCGCCAUAUCGUUGCACAUUGCAACCUGCUCCUGAUCGGAGCGACACCCUGUGCAUCCACCUGGAGCUGAAAAGAGUAGAGAGUGAGAGAAAGGAUCGCGUAUUGGUG